AUGUCAGUACCUCCGCCACCCCCACCGCCUUCACUCCCUGCACCACCACCUCCACCGCCUCCAGGCACACCAAAUCAUGGAGGUGGAGGAGGAUUGGUUAAACCAACUGAUGAUGCGUUGCAGGCAAUGAUCGCAAAGAGAAAAGCUAACGCAGCAAAGAAGCCAGCAAAUCCACCUCCUGAAAAGCCACCUCCAAAGAAAGCUGCAGGACCAAUGGAUUUGAAUUCUUUACUUAAAGCAAGAUUCAACAAGAAUAAAGCUCCUGAACCAGCCCCACAACCAGCACCAGAACCUGCUCCUGCACCUGCCGCUCCAGAGCCAGCUCCUAAACCUCAACCAGCAGCUCCACCACCAGCUCAACCUGCCCCACCACCAUCUCUUCCUCCUCCACAAGCAAGCCAGCCUUUGGCUCCUCCACCAGCAAAACCACCAAUACCACCACCAAAAUCGAAUAACCAUGUCCCUCCUCCACCAGCAAUUCCUCCAUCUCCACCAAUACGCCCUCCGGAGUCACCUGAGAGAGAAACAAAGCCCGCUGUAAAGCCAAAGAAAGAAUACUUUACAAACGCUCAAGGAAGAAGGAAGGUACUUUUCCAUUCGGACUCUGAGUAUUACUCAGACGAAUUCUACUAUUCAGAUGAUGAGCUUAAAGAAGAAAUCAAGAAGAGAGAAGAGCGUGCAAUACAAAGGGAAGUUGAAGAAAAGAAGAAGAAGGAAGAACGUCCUCCAGUUGUCAUACAAGUUUCCCCGCCAAAGGAAAUCAAAGAAGAGGAAGAGCCUCAGGAAAAAGAACCGGAGCAGGAACCCAAAGAAGCAUAUGUUCCUCCACCAAAACCAAAGAAACAGAAAGUAAGGCAAACACAAGAAACAGAUGAAGUCGAGCAAACAGCAGAUGGCAGAGUCAAACUUCCGAUCUUUGAGUCGAGCUACAGAAAAGUCAGUAACGAGUUCAAUAUUCAAAAUAUUUUCACACCAUUUGUUAAACAGCGCGAUGAGAUGCACAGACAUGCAGAGAAUGCAGUUAAUGCAUUCUUAAAAGAUCCUCAGAUGACAAUGGAUGAAUAUACCAAUGCAAUCCAUGAGUUUGUGACAGUGUUCCAACGUAACAUUAUCACAGCUUCCAAAGAUUUCCAAGAAAAUAUUGCAACAAGUAUCGAAAUGGUCCAAAAGCUUGGGGAACAAGUUGACAAAGUCAGAAAUAGCUUUGAAAUUGCCCGCCAAGAUGAAUUGGAAAUCUGUCUUCAAAGUUUUACUCAGCCAUAUCCAAAAGUAGAAAAGAAUUCAAUCCCAGACUUCAUCAAACCACGUCCACAUAGCUCUAUUUACGUUUGUUUACCGGGUGUUGGCAUUAAAAUGAACAACCUCCAAGAGUUUUGCAUAGAUCUCAAUACAGCAGGUCCAGAAGAUCUCAUUAAGACACUUCCUCCAGAAGGAGAAAUUCCGGAUUUCUUCUCUACACCAUUCAACUACUUUGAUCUCGGCGAGUCUGUCGAUAUGAAGGAUCCAUUCGAGUCAGAAAAUAUCGUCGAGACAAGGAAGAAUAUUAGGCCGUCAUCCAACACAAGAACAGGAUAUGAUGAUGAAGCGCUUGUCAAUGCUGGUGAAGCACCCCCUCCACCAUCAGCACCUGGUGCUGGAAUCCCUCCACCGCCCCCGGUCCCAGGAAAUGCCCCUCCUCCACCACCGCCCCCACCUCCGCCUCCUGGAGCCGGUGCUCCGCCACCGCCACCUCCUCCUGGUCCUGGCCUUGCACCUCCCCCGCCAAAAGCUGGAGGCUCAUCUUCACCACCUGCAGGAGGCCUCGUAAAACCAACCGAUGAUGCUCUUCAGGCUAUGAUUGAAAGGAGAAAGAAGACAGCAAACAAAGUGAAGCCACCAGAACCAAAACUUCUCUUCCAGAAGUAA